AUGAGUAGACUCUCCCUUAACCUGUCACGUAAGGACACGUGUCUUCUCACAAACAGACUUUGCAUCCUCCUCUUCCCGCCCGCAAAUCAUGAGGGAGUUGAUGAGAAAUCUCAUUUACCACCAAAUCUAACACCCGUUUCUCUCUCUGUAAUCUCGUGUUUAUCGUUGCAGCAGAUCGUCGCCGAAGAAGAUUCAUCAUCAAUAAAACCUAAAUCGUCAGGGAGAGAGAAUGAAGAGGUAAAGAGAUAA